CCGGCAUGGCAGAGCCAAGGAGCACGGACUCCACGCUGACAGCCCUGGACGAGGAGGAGCUGUGGGAGAUGAUGGAAGACCACCGCUCCAGGAUCAUGCACAGCAUCUGCCCCAGCCGCCUCACGCCCUACCUACACCAGGCAAAGGUGCUGGGCCGGCUGGACGAGGAGGAGGUGCUGUACAGCCCCAGGUUCACCCACACGGCCAUGCGCGUCGGGCACUUGCUGCAUUUGCUGAAGACUAGAGGAAAGAAUGGGGCCAUCGCCUUCCUGGAGAGCCUGAAGUUCCACAACCCUGACGUCUACACCCUGGUCACUGGGCUGCAGCCUGACAUGGACUUCAGCAACUUCAGUGGGCUCAUGGAGACAUCCAAACUGACCGAGUGCCUGGCGGGGGCCAUCGGCAGCCUGCAGGAGGAGCUGAGCCAGGAGAAGGGGCAGAAGGAGGCGCUGCUGCAGCAGUGCCGGCUGCUGAAGGAGCACCUGGGACAGGCCAAGGCCCGGGCCGAGAGCCUGUGCCAGCUGGAGGCUGACCACGGUCGCAUGAAGCGCGAGGCCAGCGCCCACUUCCACGAGGCUCUGAAGCUGAAGGACGAGAUGCUCAGUCUCUCGCUGCACUACAGCAACGCGCCGCGGGAGGAGCUGGCCACCACGCACUGCCGCAGCCGGCAGGAGGAGUUGUACCUGAUGAAGCAGGAGCUGCAGCAGGAGAGGAAGCCUUCCUCCUGUGAGCGGAACUGCUGCGAGCACUCCCUGAAGACCGCCAGCGCUCUGGAGCCCGGAGAGCAGGAGCUGAGCCAGCUGAAGGAGGGGAAUGAGAAGCUGCGAUCGCUGACCUUCAGCAUGGUAGGUCCUGGCGCCUGCGACCAGGGCAGCUCCCACGGCUGGCAGGCAGCCAAGGCUUCCUGGGAGUCAGCUGGGGCAGGUGGUUGGGCCAAGGUGUAUACUCUCCUAAACUUACAACACAGGGAAGUAGCGCAGAGCACCCAGGGCUCCCAGCAUGGCACCAUCCCCAACUAUGCACAGGCCCAGCAGCUGCUCAUCGGCCUCAUCCAGGACAUGGCUCAGCAGAGCGCCAUCACCGGCAUGAGCUCCCCUGCCGUGUGCUUCUGGGCCGAGAGCUGCCUCACCCUGGUGCCCUACACCCUGGCGCCCCCCCACAGGCCCAGCCAGCCCCGGCCCGUGCUCCUCACGCCCCAGCUGGUUGGGAAGAUCCUGAGCGAGAAGCUCUGCCUCCUCCAUGGGUUUAAGAAGUGUCCAGCAGAAUACUUGAGCCAAGAGGAGUACAAUGUCUCCAGGCAGAAAGGGGACGUCAUCCAGGAGAAGGAGGCAUCUGGUGGCCGCUACUGGGUGACCCACCGAGCCGUGGAGUCUCUCAUAGACAAGAACACCCACGCCCUCCUGGAUGUCCAGCUGCACAGCGUCCACACCCUGCACAGGAUGGAGAUCUUCCCCAUCGUCAUCCACAUCUCCAUCACCGAGAAGGCAGCAAAGAAACUCAAGAAGGCCCUGCAGUGGCUCAGCACCUCGGAGGAGCAGCCCCUGGACGCGGGCAGGCAGGAAGAGGGCGAGCUGGACAGAGUGCCCUGUCUCUACUGCUGUCUGGCCCCCGACAGCUGGAGUGACCUCGACUCCCUGCUUGGCUGCAUCCGCGCGGCCACUGCAGACGAGCAGAAGAAGGUGGUGUGGAUAGAGCAGAGCCCCUGCUAA